UUCCCACGAGGGAAAGUACGAGCCGUGGAAAAUCACAAACAGUCCAGCAGUGGACGGAGGCCUGCUGGGGCUCAGUGGGAGGAGCGUUCAGAGGAGGAUUAGUGCGCUUUCACCUAUGCGCGCGCGCCGGACCAGGUUAAAGAAGUCGCCUGCUGACGCGCAGGCUGUGAUACCUCCACGGAUUGCUGUGAAAGGGGGGGUUUAUGGAGCUGUGACUCUGUUUGCUGCCCCUGAGAGGACGCUGUGAGUGUAUGUUUGUGGUUUAAAGCUGCUGAAACGACGACGCUCAAACUGUUGUGCGCGCUCUCCGUCCAAGAGGAGGAUCCGUCCGACGGACAAGAAUGAGGUCCUUGUCUGCGACCCGUCCCUGUUAAAGAUGGUUCAGCGAAGGUCCUCUGUGAUUAUGCGUCCUCCUGUGGUUAUGGUUGCACCCAGUAAGCAGUCAGGAAUGUCCUCCUUCUCCUGCCUAUGACAUGGUUUAACCCACGUCUCAUCUGGUCACCAUGAUGGCCUCCAUGGUUGCCAACGGAAACCGAGAUGGGCAGUCUCUGGUCUUGAAAGGGGUGGAUCCAGAGACCUGCAUGAUUGUGUUCAAGAACCACUGGGCUCAGGUGGUGAAGAUCCUAGAAAAGCAUGACCCCCUGCGCAGCAGCUCCACCCCGCCCUCCCUGAGUGUCAUCAACCUCAGCUCCGGCGGCGGCCCUCGUUUCGGCCCCAUCCCCGGAGACGAGGCGAACGCGGUGCAGAACUAUGUGGAGCACAUGCUGUUCCUGCUGAUGGAGGAGGAGAGCGGUCAGGCCGGCGCCAUGGGCCCCAUCCUGGAGUUUGUGGUGAUGGAGAAUGUGAUGGAGCGUCUCUUCGUGUGGAGCCUGCGCAGGGAGUUCACAGACGACAUGAAGCUCGAGCAGCUGAAGAUGUACGAGAUGCUGGUGGGGCAGGCGCACCAGCCGCUGCUGCAUCACAAGCCCAUCCUGCGGCCGCUCAUGAUGCUGCUGUCGUCGUGCUCGGGCACGGCUGCGCCGCAGGUCGAAGCCGAGCUGGUGCUGCUGCUCAACCAGCUGUGCUGCGUGCUGGCAAAGGACCCUUCGAUUCUGGAGCUGUUUUUCCACACCAGCGAGGAUCAGGGAGCCACCAACUUCCUCAUCUUCUCACUGCUCAUCCCCUUCAUCCACAGGGAGGGCACAGUGGGCCAGCAGGCCAGAGAUGCACUGCUGCUCAUUAUGUCAUUGUCCGCUGAGAACGAGCGAGUGGCCAAACACGUCGCAGAGAACACCUACUUCUGUCCGGUGCUGGCCACGGGGCUGAGCGGCCUGUACUCGUCUCUGCCCACCAAGCUGGAGGUUCCUAACGAGGAGUGGCACUGCCUGCAUAAAGAGGACUGGCUCCAGAUGCCGUCCCUUGUCCAGUUUCUCAACUCGCUGGAGUUCUGCAACGCUGUCAUUCAGGUGGCCCACCCUGAUAUCAGAGACCAGCUGGUUGGCUACAUCUACAACGGCUUCCUCGUGCCUGUCCUGGCCCCGGCCCUGCACAAGCUGACCCUCGAGGAGGUGAUGACCACCACGGCCUACCUCGACCUCUUCCUGAGGAGCGUCACCGAGCCGGCCCUGCUGCAGACCUUCCUCGCCUUCAUCCUCCUCCACCGACACGAGAGCGUCCACAUUUUAGAUACUCUUGUCAGCCGCAUCAACACGCCCUUCCAGCUAGGCACUGUGUCUCUGGCACUUUUCCGCACUCUCAUUGGCUUGUACUGUGAAGAUGUGAUGCUGCAGCUCAUAUUGAGGUACCUGAUCCCCUGUAAUCACAUGAUGUUGAGUCAGAGACGCGUGGUGAGGGAGAGGGACUGCUACUCGGUGUCGGCAGCCAAGAUCCUGGCAUUAACGCCGUCCUGCUGCUCACCUGAUCGCAGCCCCCCGCCUCUCCGACAGCUGGACUCCAUCCUCUUUUCCAAGGGUGCAGAGACUCCCAGCAACACCAGCAGCACGGAGGAGCACGAGAGCUUCUCAGAAGAGGAUGACGGCUCAGGGAACUCCUGCACCAUCGGCUCAGAAAUCUACCUGGAUGUCAGUUAUCUUCAUUACCUCUAUGACGCCCGUCUGAGCAUCAGCAGCUGCAUACGGGCCUGCCAGGUUUGGUCAGCCCCGUACGAUGGCGAGGACCCCCCUCCUGAGAAAUAUCAGCCCGGUGUCCUCGAGGAGCCGGGGCUGAAGAGUCGGCAAAACCAGCUGGCUCCCAAGAGAGUUCCACAGCUGCUGGCGCCACGCCCUCGACCCUGCCCGCCACCGAACACAGAACUGCCCUCCAUCAACCAGCUGGAGCUGGAGUGGGACGAUAGUUACGACGCGUGCCCGGUGCAGACUGAUGAGGCCCCUGCGCAGAGUAAACCUCCACAGCAGCCCCCUGCUGAGCCCCCACAGCACAUCCAGGAGAUGAGGAAAACCGCCAUCAUGCUGGUAAAAGGCUCAUACAUCGAAGAAAACGAGUUCCAGGACGACGCCAUGGUAUACGAUCUUGUCGCCAAGAAAGACACCAGAGAUGUCGAGCGCGGAAAGCUCAAAUCCAGCAGGUCUGAAUCAGGAGAAACCCAGCCGGGCUCAGCAGAAGUUCCCCUAAAAAACGGACUAAGUCUAACACUUCCAACCUCUCUGAUGGCUGAUAACAGCAAGAAUAGCUCGGACUCAAAGGUUAAAGGUCAGACAGAUUGUAAUUCCAACCUCCAAAACAACACUACCGCUGCUGAGUUGGGUGAUGACCUUCUGGCUCAAUACGAGGAGCUCAUUCGUACGCUGGAUACUGAAGCAGGUGGAAAGCAGGUCAAAACUGAUGGGGAGUUGAAGAAGCCUGUCACUCCUGCAGAGGAGGAGGAGAAGGAGGAGGAGGAGGAGGAGAUGGACUUCACCUCCUUCUCUGCUGAGACGCCAGAAGCGGAGAAACUGCAGUCGCCGUUUGGGGCCGUUAAGUUUUGCAGCGGGAGUGCAAGUAGAAGCCAUUCAGUGCCUUUUACAGGUCCAUUUGUCAGCGUGCUGUUGUCCCGUAUGGAGAACAUGCUGUCUAAUUCGCUUCAUGUCAACUUGCUGUUGACGGGCAUCCUGGCCCAGCUGGCCACCUACCCUCAGCCUCUCCUGCGCUCGUUCCUCCUCAACACCAACCUGGUCUUUCAGCCGACCGUUCGCUCCCUUUACCAGGUACUCGCCACCGUGAAGAACCAGAUAGAAGAGGUGGCUGCCACCAGAAAAGACUUUCCCGAGCUGAUCACUGCUGCCCAACACUGGCUGCUGGCGAGGGAGACUUCGUUCAAGGCAGCAGACAAAAGCAGCAGCAGACGCUCCACCCACGGCGAGGCGGGGAGGAUCUUGAAGAGUUCACCGCCACCUAAACCCAAAGCCAUCUCUCUGGAUCGGACAGAAGUCUUCGCUACCGUCCUCUUCACGGAGUUCCUCAAAGAACUGGCUGCAGUCGCACAAGAGCACUCCAUCUUAUCAUACAUUCCUAUGGAAGAGUGACCGCGUCCCGAAAGGCCUCUGCGAUGAGUCCGACGUGACUCCGAAAGAGUUGGAAAGACUCCCUUUUAUGAUGGUUUUCUAUUUUUUCAGCUUUUUCAGACACUACUCAAUGAAGAAACCUCUGAGAUUGUGUGAUUUACACAACUGUUUUUUUAAAAAACGAUAGCGUAUUUAUUUUCCGAGCAAAGAUAAUCAAUUUCACACGCUUUUCAGUUUCAUCUUUGGAGUUCCUUAAAGGGUUUUGGCAUCCAACAAGGGGGCCUAAACUUUACGCCUGACCUGUUUGCUGAAGCCUGCACCAGCCGAUAACGCUCAUAAGAGCGAGCUCCAGGUCCACCAACCAAAGACAAUCAGCCCCGAUCUGAACUUCAGGGUUCUGCCGUCUUUCUGAAUGUCUUCUACAACCAGCUCCAACCACGGCGAGAUGUCCGCUGCACAGUGUGGUUCUGUGAAAUACUCAGGUGGCCUUUCUUUGCAAUGAUUACACACCAUGAGCGAGCACUGCGUGGAGCCUCUACUGCUUGGAGAGGGCGUUUGAAUUCGCAGCAUGAAAACAUCAUCCAGGGCUGGCGUCAUCACUCCAAACUGCGUUCUCUGUUCAUGCAACUGUUACGUGACUACAUCUUUUUUUUUUUUGGUCAAGACAGGUCAGUCACUUUUGUCUAUAAACUUUCCUGAGUGGCGUUUUUCUCACGACGUCUCUGCGUGUUGGAUGUACAUUUGUUCUGGUGUUUUCUGUUGAUUCACGAUGGUACCUCAGGAGAUUUUUUAAUGCACGUUUUGUUCUCUCGGUUCUUUAACGGCCUUUGGGUGAAGCAAAAGUUCCUCCAGUGCACUAGUUAGUUAAUUAAUGGGCUCCACAUGUUCCUCAAAUCAGAGCACAAACCCAGAAUUAUUCCUGCUAUAUUUAAUUUGCCUUACGUUAGCGAUGCUUUAUAAUGUACAUAUUGUAAGAAAAAUGUUCUAAUGACAGAGAACACUAUGCAAAUCAAGAAUAUUUUGGGUAUAAUUAAGUUUUGGAUAUUUUCAGACUGGGAAGGGGUAUUUAAGCUUUUAUGAGAGUUUCUAUUGCCAUAUAUUUUUUUUUUUUCAGUGAGGUUAUACUUGAGGCUUGUUGUUAUGGUUUGUCAUCAUCCUUUAUUUAGGGAUUAUGUAGGGUGUUGUUUUAGUUGUGAUAAGCCUGAAAUCUCACUGCUGGGGAAGCCGUAGCUUUGCAUCCAUUGAAAACCAUCUCAGAUUGUAACGCUUACCGAGGGCAAACUUCUGGAAAUUGCCUUUAUUUUAGUCCAGGUGUUGCACACGGUUGUUCGUAUGUUGAUAAAAUGAGAUAAUGCAAGAGAAGUAUUUUGUUACAAAGCAUGCCUCUACUGUCGAAAUGAAUUUACCAGGACACAAAUACUUUUAAAUUGGUGCCUAAAUUAUGAUUUUAGUUCACAUCAUUGCCUGAUCGUAAAUGGAUUUACUCAGGAGUAACACAGAAUUUUACAGUUUAAGCUCAUUAUUUUUGGUGAAUGAAAAAAAAAACUCUGAUGCGUUCUCUUUCACAGUAAUUUAACGCCACGAACACUGCUUUCACAAAUCAAUUCAAAUUAUCAAUCACCACGUUUACAAAUCGAUAGAAAAACGCUGUUUAAAGUGCAGUUAAAAUGUGGAAGUUUACCCAAGAAUUAGAACAUUUUUGAAGCUAAUUUGUUUUAUUAGAUCUUUAAUUUUCUGUAGAAAAAUGUGUCAGGAAUGAUUAGAACUGAUUAAGCAGAACAGAUUUUUUUUCAGUAAUGAAAAGAUAAUAAUAGAUCUAACAAAAAGUAAAUGCAUUUUCUGUAGAAACACAUUUUUAGGGGAAAGAAAAGGGGAUGAAAAGGCAACUGUACAUCUAAGAGGCUAUAUGAGGUGGAUCAAUGUGGUCACUUCAUAAAUCCAACUAAUAAGAUGAAAAAUUGUGUUUUUUGGUUUCAGAUGUGUAUUUUUCUUCCUGUUUAAAUCCAUUCAGUCAAUAAACUAUGCAGUAGGAUCUGUUUGUACUUUUACAAAAAUUUCUUGGACAUGUAUAUUUGUAUCAAUCUAAGCCAUUUUUACGAUUAUGGAAUAAGUCUCUCUCCGGUGAAAGAAUGUUUCAGAGCACUUUAUCAGCCUUUUCUAAUCGCAGUGCUACUCUGCACUGCUGACAUGGACCCUCAACCAGCACAGAUUCAGUCUGUUGUAACAUACCCAGCACAGUAUAACAAACACUGUUUCAGCAACAUGAAAGCGUGGCAUGAAAACGGGUAUUAUAACCAAAAUUAUAGACCUGUCUCAGUAGACUCCAAAGAUUCAUCCUUUCUGACACCAUUUGGCCUCAGUUUUCUAUCCAAGAUGUGAUCAGGUUUCUGUUUGUUGCUGAUGUCUGAGACACAAAGGCAUGCCUCUUUUAAUAAAGACAACUGAAACUGGA